AUGAGACGAAGGCUAAACCCUCCUCUCGACCCAGCGUGUUUUGGUAAUGUGACACACCAAGCGAUGGCUACAACAAGGGUGGGAGAGAUGUUGGAUCAAGGGCUAGGCUGGGCUGCUUUACAAAUAAAUGAACAAGUGAGGUCUUUAACGAAUGAAAAUUACAUGACUUUUGCGGAGACUAGGGUUAGAAAUGUUAAGCUCCCACAGCCAAAAAUAAGUGGUGGACCUAGAAAGGCUGAUACUUAUCUGGUGGUCACAAGCUCCCCAUGGUUUGAAGUGUACAACAACGAUUUCGGUUGGGGAAAACCAAUCGCGGUUCAAGCUGAACCAAAUAAUGGUUUUGGUGUCUCCCUCGUAGUAUUUAGAGGAGUUGAAGAAGGAAGUAUUGAUGUUCAUGCGACCAUACCCUUAUCCAUAUGGUCUGAUGUAUAA